AUGUUGGCAACACCACACAAGGAACGGCGACAGCGUCGACGGUCUCACUUCCGCGCCAGCACGUCCAUCGUCCGCCAUUGUGCAGUGAAGUGUUCGGAGAGUGAGAACCUGGCAAAAUCACAUUGCGUGGGGGCUAUUGCGGUUCGUAACUCUAGUAAGGGGUUGUCUACUGCCGUGGGUGAUUUGAUUGAAAGUUUUCCCCGGGUGUUCGAUUCGUCUGUGGGCACUAUUCGCGGCGUCAACGCUACUCUACACCUCAAACCGAAUAGCAAACCGGUCUUUAUGAAGGCCCGUACAAUUCCUUUCGCAAUUCGUGAUACUGUAGAACGUGAAAUUAAGAGCAUGGUGGAUGCCGGCAUUCUGGAAAAAGUGGAACGAAGUGCGUGGGCGACUCCAGUUGUACCGGUAAUGAAGUCAGCAGAUCGAGUGCGUUUGUGCGGAGACUACAAGGUGACGAUCAACAAGUGUCUUCUGGUUGACGAGCAUCCCUUACCAACUAUCGACGAGCUGUUUUCGAAUAUGGCCGGGGGCCAGAAAUUUACUAAGCUGGAUCUGGCGCAGGCUUAUCUGCAAAUGGAAGUUCGCGAAGAAGACCGGGAGCUCCUAACCUUGAACACACAUCUUGGCCUCUACAAACCGACCCGACUAAUGUAUGGAGUAUCGUCGGCGCCGGCUAUUUUCCAGCGGGAGAUUUCGCAAUUGCUUGGUGACAUUCCCGGAGUCUCAGUGUUCCUGGAUGACAUCAAGGUGACUGGUCCGGAUGACGAAACGCAUCUGCGUCGGCUGAAAAUGGUGCUGCAGCGGUUAAAUGAACAUGGUAUGCAGUUGAAUGUGGCAAAGUGUGAAUUUUUUGCGGAUCGCAUCGAGUAUUGCGGAUUUGUCAUCGAUCGUGAAGGAAUCCGGAAGAUGAAGGCUAAGGUGGACGCUAUCCAGGAGAUGCCCAGACCAUGCAACCGUGAGCAGGUUCGGGCUUUCGUCGGCUUAAUAAACUAUUAUGGCAGGUUCAUGCCGGCUUUGAGUACGCGGAUCUAUCCUAUUAACAACUUGCUGAAAGAGAAUGUUCCAUUCAAGUGGAACGCGGACUGUGAGGAGGCGUUCCUGUGGGUCAAAAAGGAGAUGCAGUCGGAUAGAGUUUUGGCGCACUACGAUCCAAAACUCCCACUCGUACUGGCAACCGAUGCCUCUCCUUACGGUGUUGGUGCAGUGUUAAGUCAUCUGUACCCGGAUGGUACAGAACGACCAAUUCAUUGUGCUUCUCAAACCCUAAACAAAUCACAGCAGAACUACAUACAAGCCGAUAAAGAGGCAUAUGCGAUCGUGUUCGGGGUGAAAAAGUUUUAUCAAUAUCUCUACGGACGGAAAUUCAUCCUCGUUACCGACAUUAAAGCUGUUGCUCAAAUCAUGGCGCCUAAUAAAGGACUUCCCACCCUGAGUGCUUUGCGAAUGCAGCACUACGCUGUAUUCCUCGAAUCAUUUGAUUAUGAAGUGCGGUUCCGGCCAUCGAAUGAGAAUGCUAAUGCGGACGGAAUGUCUCGAUUGCCCAUCGAAGACGCCAGCAACAAACACCGAAUCGAGGAGGUGGAUCUUGUUGAGGUUAAUCAAAUCGAGACUUUGCCUGUCACAGUUGAAGAACUUGCAAAAUGCACCAAAGAAGACUUGAAUGUAAAAACUUUGCUGGAAGGUUUGAAAGUCGGACGAGUAGUCGAAGGCUGUGAUAGAUUCGGCGUUAAUCAGAGUGAGUUUUCGAUUCAACAAGGCUGUUUGAUGAGAGGUAUCCGAGUCUACAUUCCUCCUAAACUGCGGCAGCGUGUACUGGAAGAGUUGCACACUGGACAUUUCGGUGUGUCCAGAAUGAAAUCAUUGGCCCGAUCGUAUUGCUGGUGGGAAACUGUUGAUCGCGACAUCGAAGAUCUGUCAAGGGACUGUUGUGAAUGCGCCAGUGUAAGGAAGAAUCCUGUAAGCGUGGCUCCUCAUUGCUGGGAACAAGCUACAGAGCCAUUCCAGCGAAUUCAUGUUGAUUUUGCGGGACCGUUUCUUGGGAUGUACUUUUUCGUGAUUGUGGAUGCUUUUUCAAAGUGGCCGGAGGUUAAGAUCAUUCGUGAUAUGACUACAGAUACCACCAUCGACCGUCUGCGGGAGUAUUUCGUAACGUACGGAGUUCCGUCGGUUAUAGUUAGUGAUCGAGGAGUCCAGUUCACUUCAGACCAAUUCCGAGAAUUCGUGAGGCGAAACAAUAUCAUGCACAAAAUGGGAGCCCCAUACCACCCCGCCACGAAUGGGCAAGCUGAACGAUUCGUUCAGACCUUCAAAGAAAAGUUGAAAGCUUUGAAAUGCGAGAGAAAGGACGUUCAGUUUGAGCUCUACAAAAUCUUGAUGGCGUAUCGAAGGACGGUGCACCCAGUAACUGGAAAAUCUCCAUCGAUGUUAGUCUAUGGACGACAGAUGAAGUCCCGGCUCGAUUUGCUAGUUCCUGUGGCCGAUUUGAAGGUUUCAUCACGCGGAGAGGAAGAGCCUGUACGGUGCUUUACGGUCAACGAAAGAGUAGCUGCGCGAGAUUUUUUGGGUGCUUCCAAGUGGAAAUUUGGUACGGUGACCGAGCGACUGGGUAAGCUGCACUAUUGA